CCUCCCUGGGCUAAGAGAUGUCGUAAGAUUGGGCGGAGGGAGGACAAGUAUGUCAUGCAUCCAAGUCAGGCUGUGAGGCACUUUCAGUUUUCUUUCCCCUUUGACCAUGCUGAAGGCUGGGCCAGCUGGCAGACUGUCUGUAGAGCGGUGGGAAGGCACAGAAACAGUGCAGAUCACAUCGGGCAGGACCCCUGGCCAAGCUCAGGCUCCCGUGGGGCCAGCAGGGGCAGAUGGCAGGUGGAGGCCACGAUCUCAGCUCCAGGAUGGACAAACACAGCCGGAACAUAGAAGACCAGAAGGUAGAGGAGCAGAUUUGCCCUGAGCUCAUUUUCAGGCACUUCAAAGAAAAUAAGGUGGAGAUUGCAAGUGCAAUAACAAAGCCAUUUCCUUUCCUUAUGAGCCUCCGAGAUCGCUCCUUCAUCUCUGAGCAGAUGUUUGAAAAUUUUCAUGAAGCUUGUAGAAACCUGGUCCCAGUGGCGAGAGUGAUAUAUGAUGUCCUCAGUGAACUGGAGAAGACAUUUGACCUGUCACUUCUGGAAACAUUGUUCAGCAGCGUUCACCUGAAGACCUACCCUGAUUUAAAUGAGAUUUUCAGAAGCUUCCAAAAUGUGAUUGGUGACUUCUAUUACCAAAUCCAUGAAGAAGAGAUGCAGGAGAUACUCAGUAUCCAGUCACGCCAGGAAGAAGGGAUAACCCUGCCAGGAGCCGGAACCCCAGAGCAUCUCGGUGACGGGGAGCAGAUGGACACAAGGGAAGAAGAUUUGUCUCAUGACUCACAUGAUGAAUUAAGGACUCAAGAAACCACAAAUGAAUGUGCCCAAGAAUCUGAACAAGAAGAGGGCAGCAACGCCUGUCCUGAAACACGUGAUGUAGAAGAGCCUCAGGAAGCCUUGAGGUCCCCGCCAAGUUGUGGGCCUGCUUCCUGUGAGCAAGUAGUUCUCCAAAGGACUAAUGGAGAAGAUGCCAAAGAAAUACCUAAAUUGCUGCCAGGUAGUGGGAGAGAGUCUUGGAAUCUUACUGUACAAAUGGAUGAAGAAGAAUCAGAAGAAAUGCCCAGGUUACUACCUUAUGAUAGAGAAGAGACCUGUGAUCUCCAAACCCCGCAGAUGACUAAUGAAGGAGAACCAGAGAAGGAGCUCAGUCUAGUGGCAGAUGAAGGAGAAGAGAGCAGCAAUGCCUGUUUGGAAAUGUGUGAUGGAAAAGAGCCCCAGGGAGCCUCGAGCCUCCUGCCAACAUGUGUGCCAGAGAGCAGUGCCUGUUUGGAAGCCUGUGCUGGAGAAGAGCCCCAGGGUGCUUUGAGCCCCCCACCAAGACUUGGGCCAGUGUCCUGUGGUCCUGAAGCUCCCCAGAUGACUAAUGAAGAAGAACCAGAGCAGGUGCCCAGCCAGCUACUAGGUGAUGGAGAAGACAGCAAUAGUCUCUGUUCAGAAAUGUGUGACAGAGAAGAGCCCCAGGAAACCUUGAGCUCACCACCAGAAAGUGGGCCGGGUGAGGAAGGGAGAAAGAGACGGAGAGCUAGAAUGCUCUUCACUCAGAAUAACAAAACCCCACUGAAAAGAGUCCGAUCAAAAGCCUCAAGAAUGCGUGGAUAUGAAACUGUGGAUUUUCAGGCUCCUUCACUUCCUGUGACCUGUGGUGAGGAAAAGGGUAUUUUACAUAAGAAUAAAUUGAAACAAGGAGCCUGGGUGAAGUGCAUACAAGGUGAAGAUGGAAAUUGGUUGACCCCCGGGGAAUUUGAAAUCAAAGGUGGCCACGCAAAAGCAAAAUCCUGGAGGAUGAGUGUGCGCUGUGGCGGGUUGCCCCUACGAAAGCUGAUGGAGAAUGGAUUUCUACCUAAUCCUCCACGAAUAUAUUGGGGGAAAAAAAAGAGGAUACUGCAGUCUCACGACGUUACCUUAGGUGACCCUUAUCUGGAAAACCUGGAUGAAUGCGAGGUGUGCCGGGAUGGAGGGCUUCUGUUCUGCUGUGAUACUUGUUCCAGAGCCUUCCAUGAGGACUGUCACAUCCCACCUGUGGGAAAUGAGAGGACCCCGUGGAGUUGCAUCUUCUGCAGGAUGGGGGAGUUUUCAGGAAGCCCACGGUGUCAUCAGGAGUCUGAGAUCCUGGAGAGGCAGAUGGGGCCUGAGGAACAGCUGAAAUGUGAAUUCCUCCUCCUGAAAGUCUAUUGCUGUUCUGAGAGCUCCUUUUUUGCCAAGAUUCCAUAUUAUUAUUAUAUUAGAGAGGCUUCUCAAGGCCUGAAGGAACCCAUGUGGUUGAACAAAAUCAAGAAGAGGCUGAAUGAGCAGGGUUACCCCCAGGUGGAGGGGUUUGUGCGGGACAUGCGCCUCAUCUUCCAGAACCACAGGGCAUCGUACAAGUACAACAAUUUUGGCCAAAUGGGACUUAGACUGGAGGCUGAAUUUGAGAAGAAUUUUAAGGAAGUGUUUGCUAUUCAGAAAACAAAUGAGAACAGUUGACUGGUGUGGUGGAUGCUGAAGAAGUUCAGGAAACAGUAUCCCCAAAGCAUGCUGCUGAUUACUGCAAACUGAGGGUAUUUGGGGAGCAGCAAAUGCAGGGAGGGGCUUGCUCUUAGCUCCCCUUAUCUGCCCAAAGAUGGAUCCUCCAAAAGGAACUCGGUUGUCAUGAAUUCCCUCCCUGGGAACCUCAUCAACCAGGGAAGGUUACUCGCAUCACAAGGAAGGAGAUUGGAGGUGACGCAAGCCCAGACCACGUCUCACCUCUUCUCCUGAGGGCUGCUCCAGACAACUUUUAUAUCCUGCAAGACCGCCUGUAACUAUCACAUCCUUCCUUCCCUCACCUGUCCACAACUGCUGCUGCCACCUCCCCCCAGGAGCCCCAAGACCCCAUUCUUUAAAGUUGAGUAAUCUGAUCCUUCUUGGAGUCUGACAUUUUGUGGGACUCUCAUGUGUACAUACAUCACUACAUGUUUUUUGUUCCCCGGUUAAUCUGUGUUAUGUCAAUUUAAUUCACAGCCCAGCCAAGGAAGCGAGAAGGGGAGAGGGAAGGCAUUUUUGGCUCCCCUGCCGUGCUGUGGGUAUGCUGGCACAAUCUCCUUUUCUGGCCAGCUCUUUCCGAUAGCUGCUUGAGGGUUGGCUGCUCCUCAGAGCACUGCUGGGGACAAAUGGAGCCCGCUUCACCUAGAGGUUAUGCUCUCCUGGCCUGGAGGCCAGGCCCCUGCCUCAAGACAGAAACAAGGAUGUGGUGUGAUGCUACUCUGUGCUCCCAUGAGUCAGGCUGGGGCUAGUCUCCAGCUGUGACCACAUCCUGGCUUAGCUUUUCCCACGUGAUGCUGCUUCCUGCACUCCCUUCUCUUGAGAGAACUCUCAACAAUAAAUUGCUUGCUUAAGAGACUUCAUCUCUGGCAAAUGCUUCUGGGGAACCCAACCUAGGAUAAUGGGACUAAAAGGGAAGUUCUAAGGAUGGGAUUCCUUAGUUGGAUCACUGUCUAGUCAAAUGGUG